GGCCGCCGCCCGCCGCCCGCGCUGCCUCCGCCGCGGGCCCGCUCCGGCUUCCCAGAGAGGAUCCCCCCCACCAGGAUUCCCGCUCCUGCUCCCUCAUCCCGUUUUUUCCCGUGCCAAGGAUGCCCUUCCCGCUGCUCAUCCUGGCACUCAGCCUGGCAGAUGCCAUGGAGAUCCAGGUGCCGGAGGAGCCCGUGGUGGCCCUGUUUGGCCACGACGCCACCCUGCUGUGUUCCUUCUCCCCCGAGGCCAACUUCAGCCUGGCCGAGCUGAGCCUCAUCUGGCAGCUGACGGACACCAAGCGCCUGGUGCACGGCUUCUCCGGCGGCCGCGACCGCCUGCAGGACCAGGGCCGCGGCUACGCCAACCGCACCGCGCUCUUCUACGACCAGCUGCAGCGGGGCAACGUCUCGCUGCUGCUGCGCCGCGUGCGCAUCUCCGACGAGGGCAGCUUCACCUGCUUCGUGCGCGUGCGCGACUACGACAGCGCCGCCGUCGCGCUGCAGGUGGCGGCCCCCUACUCCAAGCCCAGCGUGCACCUGGAGCCCAGCAAGGACCUGAAGCCGGGCGACGUGGCCGAGGUGACGUGCCACGCGUCCCGCGGCUACCCCGAGGCCAGCGUGCUGUGGCAGGACAGCCGGGGUGCCAACCUGACGGCCAACGUCACCACGUGGCAGGUGGCCAACGAGGAGGGGCUGUUCGAGGUGCGCAGCGUCCUGCGCGUGCUGGUGGAGCCCAGCGUCACCUACUCGUGCCUGGUGCUCAACGCCGCCCUGCGCCAGCACGGCCACGCCUCUGUCACCAUCACGGGCCAGCCCCUGGCAUUCCCGGCGGUGGCCCUGUGGGUGACAGUGGCCCUGGCCGUGUGCGUGGUGGCCCUGCUGGGCGUCCUGGCCUUCGUGUGCCACCAGAAGAUCCGGGAGAGCUGCCGGGAGGACGAGGAGCGCGCAGGGCCAGAGGAGCGGGAUGAGGAGGGGGAGGAGCCCAAGACAGCUCUGCAGCUGCUGGAAAACACGGAGAGCAGAGAGGGUCGGGAGCAGGAGAUCGAUUGACGCCAGCCCCGGCCCCUCCCGCCUGUCCCCGAGCGAGCGGCGACACCCCCGGGGCGGUGACACCUCCGAGCCGGUGACACCCCCCGGGCUGGUGACACCUCCAAGCUGGCGACACC